AUGACCGUGCUGGGGAGGCUCCGGAGGGGUUUCCGACAGGUGUCUCCUCAGGUGGUGCUGCUCCUGCUCUUUGCCUUCUGCCUGCUCAGUGUUUUCAUCUCGGCAUAUUAUUUAUAUGGGUGGAAGAGGGGCCUGGAGCCCUCCGGGGAGGUCCCGGGCCCAGACUGCGAUGAACCCAAGAUUGCCCCUUCCCGCCUGCUCCCCUUGAAGCCCCUCAAGGUGGCCGAUUCAUCCCGCACGGACCCCUUGGUGCUGGUGUUCGUGGAAAGCCUGUACUCUCAGCUGGGCCAGGAGAUCAUUGCCAUCUUGGAAUCCAGCCGCUUCAAAUACCGGACAGAGAUUGCCCCCGGGAAGGGGGACAUGCCCACCCUGACCGACAAGGAUCGGGGACGCUUCGCGCUCAUCAUUUACGAGAACAUCCUCAAGUAUGUGAACUUGGACGCCUGGAACCGGGAGCUCUUGGAUAAGUACUGCGUGGAGUACGGCGUGGGGGUUGUCGGCUUCUUCAAGGCCAACGAGAACAGUUUGCUGAGUGCUCAGCUGAAGGGCUUCCCACUCUUUCUCCACUCCAACCUCGGGCUGAAGGACUGCAGCAUCAACCCCAAAUCCCCGCUCCUGUACAUCACGCGCCCCAGCGAGGUGGAGAAGGGCCUGCUUCCAGGAGAGGACUGGACCGUCUUCCAGUCCAACCAUUCCACCUACGAGCCGGUACUCCUGGCCAAGACCAAGUCAGCAGAGUCCAUCCCGCACAUGAGCGUCGAUGCUGCGCUGCACACCACCGUGGUGCAGGACCUGGGCCUGCACGACGGCAUCCAGAGAGUUCUCUUCGGGAACAACCUCAACUUCUGGCUGCACAAGCUGGUCUUCGUGGAUGCCGUCUCCUUCCUGACCGGCAAGAGGCUCUCCCUUCCCCUCGACCGCUACCUCCUGGUGGACAUCGAUGACAUCUUCGUGGGCAAGGAGGGCACUCGCAUGAAGGUUGAAGACGUAAAGGCUCUGUUUGACACUCAGAAUGAACUGCGCACCCACAUCCCCAACUUCACCUUCAACCUGGGCUACUCAGGGAAAUUCUUCCACACAGGCACGGAUGCUGAAGACGAAGGAGACGACCUGUUGCUGUCUUACGUGAAGGAGUUCUGGUGGUUCCCACACAUGUGGAGUCACAUGCAGCCUCACCUCUUCCACAACCAGUCGGUGCUAGCGGAGCAAAUGACCAUGAACAAGAAAUUCGCUGUCGAGCAUGGCAUUCCCACCGACAUGGGGUACGCCGUGGCACCCCACCACUCCGGCGUGUACCCCGUCCACGUGCAGCUGUACGAAGCGUGGAAGCAGGUUUGGGCGAUCAAAGUCACGAGCACGGAGGAGUAUCCCCACCUGAAACCAGCCCGCUACCGCCGAGGCUUUGUCCACAAUGGGAUCAUGGUACUCCCGCGGCAGACCUGUGGCUUGUUCACGCACACCAUCUUCUAUAACGAAUACCCUGGUGGCUCCAGUGAACUGGACAAGAUCAUCAAUGGAGGGGAGCUGUUCCUGACUGUGCUACUUAACCCUAUCAGUAUCUUCAUGACCCACCUGUCCAAUUACGGCAACGACCGCCUGGGUUUGUACACCUUCAAACACCUGGUCCGCUUCCUCGGCUCCUGGACCAACCUGAAGCUGCAGACGCUGCCGCCCAUGCAGCUGGCGCAGAAAUACUUCCAGAUCUUCUCCGAGGAGAAGGAUCCACUGUGGCAGGAUCCCUGUGAGGACAAGCGGCAUAAGGACAUUUGGUCCAAAGAAAAGACAUGUGACCGGUUCCCAAAGCUUCUCAUCAUCGGACCUCAGAAAACAGGGACGACAGCCCUCUAUCUGUUCCUGGGGAUGCACCCGGACCUGAGCAGCAACUACCCCAGCUCGGAGACUUUUGAGGAGAUCCAGUUCUUCAACGGACACAAUUAUCACAAGGGCAUUGACUGGUACAUGGAAUUCUUCCCCAUCCCCUCCAACACCACCUCCGACUUCUACUUCGAGAAGAGCGCCAAUUACUUUGACUCGGAAACGGCCCCCAGGCGGGCGGCCGCGCUGCUCUCCAAGGCCAAGGUCAUCACCAUCCUCAUCAACCCUGCAGACCGGGCCUACUCCUGGUACCAGCACCAGCGAGCUCACGAUGAUCCAGUCGCUCUGAAAUUCACCUUCCACGAGGUGAUCACAGCUGGGCCUGAGGCUUCUCAGAAGCUCCGGACGCUACAGAGCCGCUGCCUGGUACCGGGCUGGUACGCCACCCACAUUGAGCGCUGGCUGAACAGCUAUCAUGCCAACCAGAUCCUUGUUCUGGAUGGCAAGCUGCUCCGAACAGAACCAGCCAAAGUGAUGGAUACAGUCCAGAAGUUCCUUGGCGUGACGAACUUCAUCGAUUACCAUAAAACCCUGGCGUUUGAUCCAAAGAAAGGAUUCUGGUGCCAACUGCUGGAGGGAGGGAAAACCAAGUGCUUGGGGAAAAGCAAAGGGAGGAAAUACCCAGAGAUGGAUUCAGAUUCACGAGCCUUCCUGAGGGAUUAUUACCGGGACCACAAUAUAGAGCUGUCCAAGCUGCUGUACAAAAUGGGUCAGACGUUGCCAACCUGGCUGCGGGAGGAACUCCAGAACGCUAGGUAG